AUGACCAUUGGCAACUUCAGCUAUUUACCUGAAUCCAGUGAGUCGAUAAACUCAAUUCAUACGGAUUCGCAACUGCUGAACCACCAACUUUCCAUAGUUUCAACCUCCAGGCCAGUAUCGUCGCAAAUACAGCAGACCAGCGACAAGAUACUGCCGCACUUGCUGCAUCAGCUCAUCCUGGACCUGUCGGUGCCCGAGAAGAGGGAGUACGCGCUGAUCGAGCUGAGCAAGCAGCGCGAGAAUUACCCGGACCUGGCAAUUUUGCUGUGGCACUCAUUCGGGACAGUGGCGACGCUGCUGUACGAGAUCGUUUCGGUCUAUCACUACCUGUACCCGCUGACGAUUUCGAUGGCUGACUCCACCAAGGCGUCCAACUCACUAUCGCUCCUACAAUGUAUCGCAUCGCACCCGCACACCAGGCACCACUUCCUCAGCGGUAUCCCACUGCCCUCACACCAAUGUUUAGCGCACAUUCCGCUGUUCCUGUACCCGUUUCUCAACACCGCCUCGAAGAGCCGGAGGAUCGAGUACCUCAAGCUCACCUGUCUCGGCGUGAUUGGAGCCCUCGUUAAGAGCGACGACGAGGAGGUUAUUGUAUUUUUACUUGAAACUGAGAUUAUACCGCUGUGUCUUCGAAUAAUGGAAACUGGAUCAGACAUUUCCAAAACAGUCUCGAUAUUCAUCGUACAGAAGAUUUUGAUGGACGACAGGGGGCUAGCGUAUGUCUGUGCCACAGCUGAACGGUUCUACGCGGUCACAUCGGUGCUCAACAACAUGGUGCUGGGCCUGCUCGAGAGCCCUUCGCGGAGAAUUCUGAAGCACAUCGUGCGAUCGUACCUCCGUCUGUCGGACAACACGAGGGCCAGAGACGCACUCAGGAAGUGCCUCCCCGAACCCCUCAGGAAAAUAGACCCCUCGUUCUACCCGUGCCUGAAGGAGGAACCCAUGCUGAAAAAGUGGCUGCUUCAGUUGAUUUGCAAUACUGAGCCGAUUGACGAAAGCCACCCGAUGUAA